CCAUAAAAUUAAGGUUGUACAAUGGUUAUUACUACUGUAUAAGUUAUAAUACUAGUGGAAAAUCUUGUACCAAAAAUUGUAGGGGAUUAAUGUUUGAACCAUCAACCUGAUGACACCGAUGGUAAUACGAGUAAAGCACUUUUUAUUUUGUAAAAUGGGAGAAAGAAAAGGCAGUAAUAAAAAAAAUAAAAGGAACAAAAUAAGCUAAGAUUUGUCUCUCAUUUUCAUAAUAAGGAGAAGCCAAAAGGGUCCCACAGAAGUAGCUAAUAAAGCUGACAUGGCAAAAUGAGUUUCCUAUAAAUAGUUCCAAACUCAGCACAAUCAAAGUCAUAAACUCCUCCACUUCUACAACAACAACAACAACAACUCAUCCUCUCUCUAAAACACUUUUUCUCUCUACAAUUUCAUCACUUUACUUCGUUUCCACACCAACAAAAAAAAGCUCAUCACUACCUUAAUUCCAGCUUGCAUUUCAUCAAAUCUCACUGUAAUUUUAAUUUAAUUUACAAUGACGAUGAUCUCGAGCUUAGCUGGCACCAAUAAUCACGGUCAAGAUUCUUCUUACUUCCUUGGUUGGGAAGAAUAUGAAAAGAAUCCUUACCACGAAAUCGAUAACCCGGAUGGUAUGAUUCAAAUGGGUCUUGCCGAGAAUCAACUCUGCUUUGAUCUUCUCGAAUCAUGGCUAGCUAACAAUCCCGAACCCGCUUCGUUUACCAAGAAUGGUAAAUCGUGUUUUAGAGACCUUGCUCUAUUUCAGGAUUAUCAUGGUUUACCCGAGUUCAAAAAAGCUUUCGUAAAUUAUAUGUCCAUGUUGAGAGGAAAUAAAGUCACAUUUGACCCUAGUAAGCUUGUUCUUACCGCUGGCGCUACUUCGGCGAAUGAGACCCUUAUUUUUUGCUUGGCCAACCCCGGCGAGGCGCUUCUAUUGCCUACUCCAUACUACCCAGGGUUUGAUAGAGAUCUCAAGUGGAGAACCGGGGCGGAAAUAGUCCCAAUUAAAUGUUCAAGCUACAAUGGAUACAAAAUCACCAAGUCUAACCUCGAAGAAGCUUAUAAUUCCGCCCAAAGGCAAGGCCUAAAGGUAAAGGGUGUCCUAGUGACAAACCCAUCAAACCCUUUAGGCACUACCUUAACAAAGGAAGAAAUCACGCUUCUCCUCACUUUUGUAUCAACAAAGUCCAUCCAUCUAAUCAGCGACGAAAUCUACGCUGGUACCGUGUUUACUGGGUCCGGGUUCAUGAGCGUCAUGGAGGCACUCAUGGACAAGAAAUGGGCCAACAACAAGGAGUUGAUUGAGCGUGUCCACAUUGUGUCAAGUUUAUCCAAGGACUUGGGCCUCCCUGGAUUUAGGGUUGGAGCUAUCUACUCCAAUGACCCGCUUGUUGUCUCAGCCGCCACAAAGAUGUCAAGCUUCGGUCUCAUCUCGGCCCAAACUCAGUACCUUCUUGCAGGACUAUUGUCCGAUGUUAAGUUCAUGAACUACUACAUUGGUCAAAAUCAAAGCCGUCUUAAGUCCCGACACUCUAAGCUAGUGUCAGGACUUAAGAAAGCCGGUAUCAACUGUCUAGACAGUAACAGCGGCUUAUUUUGUUGGGUGGAUUUAAAGCAUUUACUUAACGCCCCAACUUUUGAGGCCGAAAUCGAGUUAUGGAAAGAAAUAGUCUACAACGUGAAAUUGAAUAUUUCUCCAGGAUCAUCAUGUCACUCGGCUGAACCCGGUUGGUUCCGUGUUUGUUUCGCGAAUAUGUCCGACGAUACGUUAGACCUUGCCAUGCAACGCAUUAAGGAUUAUAUUGAUGUUAAGUUCAACAAAAACAGUCAUCAUGCUAAGAGGAAUGCUAGAAGAAUGAGGUCACUAAGUAAGUGGGUUUUUCGACUGUCGUUCGACGGCGAUAAAGUACCGGAAGAACGAUAGUUUGAGUCAUCAACACCAUGACCACCACCCACAACCAGUGUGAAUCUCACAUUCUUCAUCAAAACAAGUAAAUUAUUAUAUAAUUUUUUUUCUUAAUUAAGGAUUAAUUAGUGUGAACACUAAGCAUGUAUCCAUGUAAUUUUUCAUUUUUUUUUUCCCGCCGCUGCUGUUUUUAGUUGCUUGAUUGGCAGGGUACAAAAUUUCUGUUUUUGGAAGGGUCGGCCUUGUUUUUGAAGGAAAUUGAUUGAUUAACAAUUCAAUUUCUUUUUAGAGGAGAGAUAAAAGAAAAAGAAAAAAGAGUAAAAUUGUAGAGUCUUCAGCUAGCACUCGGUCCAUGUGGACACGAAGUGGCUUUGAUAUUAAUUAAUUACCCAUUGUUUACAUUAUUCUUUCUUGGAAAUAAUAAUUGAAUUUUUUUUUUCUUCUUACAAUAUUAUUACUCGUUGUUGUUCUCUUUGAAAAGUCAACUAAUUUAGUUAAUUUUAUUCCGUAGUUCUUACUUCUUAGUGGUAAAAAUAAAAUCAAUUUUGUGCCUA